AUGUUAUUGCGCAUACUCGAUGCCAUUCCGUAUUUUGAGACUUAUUUAAAUUCAAAACAUAAUUUUAUUGAACAACUUAUUGUACUUUCAAUGUCUCUACUCGAUCAAAAUUGGGGCGGUCUUGAUAGUAACGAUGAGGAAGCUUUAGACGAUAAUUAUCAAGGACGACAAAUUUUAACAUCUCGUGAUGGCACAUUAAUGUUAAUUGAAUGUGCUCAAGAAAUGUUUGAAUCCUUGUCGAAGACAAUGAAAUCAAAUGCGUCGAUUGAUGACAAUGAUGACGAAAGUGAAUUAAAAACCGGUUUUCAAUUAGUAAUGCGUGCUUGUCAAAGUUUUUAUCAAUCAAAAAUUAUAUCGAAUGAUAAAGAUCUUAGUGGUAUUAUUCUUUAUGGAACAGAAAAAAAUAAAAAUACAUUUGAUUUUAAUCAUAUUUAUAUUCUUCACGAAUUAGCGCAACCAUCAGCUGAUCGUAUUAUUCAAUUAGAAAAUCUAUCUAAUAAAGAUACCUAUAAAAAAUCAUUUAAUGAUUUAUUCGGUUCGACACCAUCGAAAGGUUAUUCAUUAAAUGAAGCACUAUGGACAUGUUCGAAUCUAUUUGCAAAUUCACCACAACGUUUAACAAUCAAGCGAGUAUUUAUAUUUACGUGUAAUGAUCAACCGCAUGCAACAAAUUUAACAUUAGAACGACAAGCUAAACAACGCGCCAAAGAUUUAAACGAUGUUGGAAUUCAAGUUGAAGUUUUUCCGAUUUUAACCGAAACAAAAAUAAAAUUUGAUUAUAAAAAAUUCUUUCAAGAUGUCUUAAUGCUAUGUGAUGAUGAACUUGAAGUAAGAAAUAAUCAAACACCAACGGGAAGAUUAGAUGAAUUACUAAAACUUGUUUAUUCAAAAGAACAUAAAAAACGUGCUUAUUGUACUGUGCCAUUAUCAUUAGGGAAAUCUACAGAUGGAACACCAUUACAACUUUCUGUAUCAGUUUUUAAUAUGGUUCGUCCUUGCCCUAAGCCAACUAAAAUUAAAUUAGACAUGAAAACCAAUAUGGAAACUAAACUUGUCACAAAACAUUAUCUUCCUGAAACAGCUGAAAUUCUCAUGCCAUCCGAUAUUCAAUAUGGUGUCGAUGUGUCUAAUCGUCGUGUUCUUUUUGAUGCUGAUGAAAUAAAAGCAAUAAAGAAAUUUACUGAUCCCGGCUUUCAAAUCCUCGGUUUUAAAAAUCUUUCGUGUUUAUUACCUCAUCAUUAUGUUAAACCCGGUCAUUUUAUUUAUCCCGAUGAGAAAUAUAUCGAAGGAAGUUCAUGUCUAUUUAAUGCUCUAUUAAAAAGAUGUUUAGAAAAAAACAUGUUUAUUCUAUGUCAAUUUACUGCAAGACGAAAUACACCCCCGCGUCUCGUUGCACUCAUUCCACAAGCUGAGGAAAUAAACAAAAAAGAUCCGAAUGAUCGUCUAGCAUCGAAUGGUUUUCAUGUCUAUUAUUUACCCUAUGCUGAUGAUAUGCGAACCUUGCCCAAGAAUGAUUCCCCACGUCUGCCCGAUGAUAAAGUUGAUUUAUUUAAAAAUGUAAUUCGUAAUUUAAAAUUUAAAUAUCGUCCUGAAAGAUUCGAGAAUCCCGCUUUACAAACACUAUGGAGAAAUAUUGAAGCAACAGCUUUAAAUAAAGAUCAGCCAGAAGAAUUUACUGAUUUAACCAUUCCGAACAUUGAAAAUCAAAAUAAAAAAGUAGCGGAAUAUGUCGAUGAAAUAAAACAAACGAUUUUCCCACCUGAUUACGUCAUGGGCGUUACAAAAAGAACAGCAGCGAAACGAAAGACUGACACCGGUGCUACAUCAACGAGUGCAAAAAAGACUAAGGCUGACGGCGAUGUCGACGUUGAGGCUGCAGCACGCAAUAAUUCAUUAACCAAAUUAACUGUGCCAAUACUCAAAGAAUAUUGUAAAGAAAAAAAUUUAAAAGCAUCAGGCACCAGAAAACAAGAUUUAAUUGAUGUCAUUCAGAAACAUAUCGGUAUAGAUGAAUAG